AUAAGGGGUGGAGGAAGCUGAAAGGACACGAGCUAUCGUCUUUGCUUAUAAGAGGGACCAAAUAAAAGGAAACUUUUUGACUAAAAUGUCAGGGAACGACGGUCCUCUCUAACAGUUUUAGUAAGUUCGUGGAUGGGUCAAAGGUGAACUUAAGAUGGCGGCCGCCUAAAUCCGGGUUGUGAGCGAGAGAAGGUGGCGUCCGUCGUUCGCUUGCUGUGGAGGAGGCAACGCUUGGGCGAGGAGGGGCACCUCCUCCUCGCCGGGAUGCCCAGAUACUAUGAGGGCAAAGUGGAGGACCGGCGCCCGUGCUCGGGGCUACGCGAGGACUUGGGGGAUUGCCUGCUCCGGAGCAGCUGCGUCUUGAAGGAUGGUAAAACCCCCAAACAGUGUGCCAAGGAAGGUCAUUGCAAAGAUUUCGUGAUUGCAUUUUAUGAAUGCAAAAGAUCAUUGGUGAGUUGGUUGUUUUUAUUGGAAGUUAUUUUCAGUUUUUAAAUUGGCAAUAUUGUC